GGGACUGCGAAGCCGACGGAGACGUUGCCAGAGCCGCCGAGCAAGCGGGCGACGUUGCCAACAGUCACUGUAUCUGGAAAUGGUAGGGGAUUCUCGAGGAUAAUAGGAAUCAGUGCAGAGGACCGUUAAUAACAUGAAAACAACACAGCUUUCUGGCAGGGCGACACCCGUUUCUAUGUCCGGGGAAUCGACUACCAACCAGGAGGGUCAUCGGCUAUGCAGGAUCCCCUGGCUGAUACGGAUAUCUGUGAGCGUGACAUCGCCGAGUUCAAGAAGCUCGGAAUCAACACCAUCCGCGUCUACACCACCGACAAUUCGGCCAACCACGACGAGUGCAUGAAGGCGCUGGCCGACGCUGGCAUCUACGUUAUUAUCGACGCCAACAACCCUCUCUAUUCGAUCAACCGCCUCGACCCGGCCCCGUCAUACAAUACCAAGUAUCUCCAGAGCAUUUUUGCGUCCAUCGACGAGUUCAUCAAGUACGACAACACCCUGGCCUUUUUCUCCGGCAAUGAAGUUAUCAACGAGGAUGUCAAGAGUACAAAGUCCGCCCGCUAUGUCAAGGCUGUCACCCGUGACAUGCGCACCUACAUCAAAAGCCGCGGCCACCGCGCUGUCCCGGUUGGCUACUCGGCCGCGGACGUCGCCGAGAACCGCAUGCAGCUUGCCCACUACAUGAACUGCGGCACUGACGACGAGAGGAGCGAUUUCUUUGCCUUUAACGACUACUCUUGGUGCAACUCCAACUUUCAGGAGUCGGGCUGGGACCAAAAAGUCAAAAACUUCACCGACUAUGGCAUCGCUAUCUUUCUCUCCGAAUACGGCUGUCUCACCAACGGCCGGGACUUUGGGGAGAUCGGGGCGCUCAUGAGCGACAAGAUGACGCCCGUCUACUCGGGCGGCCUAAUGUACGAGUACACGCUCGAGGCCAACGGCUUCGGCAUCGCAAAGAUCCCGAGCCCCAAGGCCAAAGACAUUGAGAAGAAGAAGGGCUUCGACAAGUUCGCCAAGGCCAUGAAGGAGAACCCCGCGCCCAAGGGUGACGGCGGCUACACCUCAACCACGCGCGCCGUCGCCUGCCCGACCAAGGACGCAAACUGGUUGGUGGAUAGCACGCUGCUGCCUGCCAUCCCGGCGGGCGCGCAGAAGUUCAUGUCGGACGGCGCCGGUGCCGGACCGGGUCUAAAGGGGGAUGGGUCGCAGAACGCCGGCGAAGGCACGAGCACCGGUGAUGCCAAACCCGGCUCGGGUUCCGUCGAAGUCACCGGCUCGCCGUCCAGCAGCGACAACGCUGCUAGUAGCAUGCACGCCGGGCCUGUGGAGAAGGCGCCGUUUGUUAUCGCUGGGUUGGUGGUGACCUUGAGUCUGACUGGGACCCUGCUCUUGUAAGGGGGUGCUGCUGAGGUGGUCGUGUAGGGCCAGCGUAAUGAGUUAUUGUUUCGGUACUGUUAUUUUUCGUUGGCUUGGAGGUUGGGGCGGAACUCAUGUCGUUCCCAGUGAAGGUAAUGAAUGGAUUAUUGUUUUCUGAGAUUUGCUUAGUUGGCUGGACCCGAGCCCCUUAAUUCAACGGUACAUCGUAAUGCAAGUCGAAUGUUCCACGCCAGGGCUAGAGUAUAUCAACCACGACACCCCGGCAUCCCUUUGACCCAGCACACCCUCAAAACCCCAUCCAUCUCCAUAUCUUACCACCCCCUUUUCUUCAAGGCCAGUCACACGCCUCGGCAAUCAACCCCGCCAACCUCUCCAACCACACCC